UUUUCUCUUUCUGGAGCAAGUAACGCAAGUGUCUACAUCUAUCAGAUUUCGUAAAACGAUUUUUCUAGACUCUUUCUUAAACAGUUUAAAUUCGUGUUUUUUCCAAAAUUCUCCCACUGGUCCCUGAUGAUGCUCAAGACAUGAAAUCUUCGCUAAUUCAAAAAAAUCUGCUCACUUUUUAACGUAAAUAUCGCAAAAUCGCUCUAUCAAGUUUUGCUAAAUAAAUUUGUGAAUAAACGCUUUUUUUCUUAAUAGUCUUCUAGCAGUUCCUGAUGAUGAUCGUGGCAUGAAACUCUCACAAUUUGCAAAGAACUGCUUGCUUCCUAAUGCAGGCAUUCCCGAGUAAAAAAUCCAUAAUGGGAAAAACCGCACUUGAAAGUAAAAAUGUACAUUCCCGAACAACCAAAAGCUAGAAUUUCAAGACCAUUUUCCUUGGGUUUCAGCUCUAGGAACCAGUAGUGAGUUUUCUAAUUACUCGACCCACUAACCAAACUGCUGACCGCAAGUUUGCCCAACAGUUGCGCAAGCGAUUUUCUGUCGACUCAAUGAAAAUGCAGCAAAAAAUGGGUCAUAGACGCGAAUUAGGAAAAAACGCCCACUCCACUCUGUUAGUACCCAGUUAACAGUCAUUAGUGCUCAGUCAAAAAAGGAUUGCAUGACCCAGAAUCAGGAAUAGUGAAAAAUGGUGUCGCCUCAAGCCGCCGAAGGCGCUAUCAAGAAAAAGAAGAGCGGGGAGGAUGGAAAGUCGGCCUCCUCCAGCCCGGAACCCUUCAAAGAACCUUCUGGAAUGACCACAAUCGACUUGAACAAGCUGGAAGACGCAGAGGCUGAAACCAACGCAGCCAGAUCCAAAUCAAAACACGCUGCCCAAAUGCGAUACAUUUCCAAGCUGCUUUGGGCGCUUUGCACCAUUUUGACCUUAGUUCUGGGCUUGGCCAUUAUCACUGUCCUCAAUAAAGAGUUUCACCUGCUGCCAGCCAUCCCCAUCAGCUUCCGCGAAUAUCCACCCAAACAACCCCCCACUGAUUUUAUUGCAUUAACCAAAGGGCUAAAUGAGGCCUUAUUCCGCGAUCGCUUAAAGUCUGGAAACUAUCUGGAAAAUACCGCAAUGGAAGCCUGCAAAUUGGAACAAACUCUAGAUUCAUGCUGUGAGGUUUUCCGCGAAACCGACCUGGAAAUUUUGACGGAUUAUUGCACUGUAAACAACAUGCUAAGCAUCCUGAAGGAGUUUGAGGAGGAGCGUAGGAAGAAACGCGAAAUUGAUUACCCCGACUCAGAGUAUGAUUAUGAAAAUCACUUUAUAGAGUAUGAGGAGUUCAAGAGUGCAGAGGUCGACAAUCGGCCUGAAAUAAUUCCUCCACAUUUACGCCCACAACGGUUGCCUAAUUCAGGAGAAUUUUUAAUGCAGACCAACCCUUGGCGUUCCUUAUAUCCCAAGAUUCGAAACACUCAAAAUUGGCACUUUAACCUAGCAUCGGAUCCUGAUCCGUUCGAACAGAUCGUCCGACAGUCUGAGCCAGCAUUUGUGGAAAGAGGAGCGAAUAGCGACUGGACUAGGAGCGAAAACCGAGAAUCGCCUCUGGUGCAAAGCAUUUUCGAACGGCCUUUGCAUGAUGGUGUCGUUCAGCAGAUUCUGGAACAUAUUACAAUUGCACCCAAGCAGGAGAGAGCUUAUGUUUUUAACGAUUUUUAUCCAGAAACAGGACCUGCUUCACAAGAAGCUAUGGAGUUCAAUCAAAGGCUAGAAGCAAGGAUGCAACCUGAUUCAGCCAGCUUUGGUAAUGAACACAGUAGAUGGUUGGUUCAACCCCAACGAGAAUUGCCGGAUCAAGCGCAAAGAGCUGGUUUACUUCAACCACUAAAUAUGGAUUCAACGAACAAUGAAGACAGCUACGGGGGAAAUGAUCAUAACCGGCCUGGAAAGUCAACAUUAGACCAACAGGUAAAAUUCCUCACAGAAGAUUCAACUUCAGACACACCUUUUCACUUGAAAAUCAACGAAGAAUACACGCAAGGAAUACCACAGAAACCACCGAAAGUUGCCAAGUUGAGCGACCAAGUAAAAGUCCUCAGAAACUCAUCUAGCGACUAUGAAAACGUCGGUGAAGUUUUUUCUGAGCUCCAAAGCAACGAUGAAAACACGCUGGAAAUUUCACAAAAACCACCAAAAGUUGUCAAGUUGGGCGACCAAGUAAAAGUCCUCAGAAACUCAUCUAGCGACUAUGAAAACACCGGUGAAGUUUUUUCUGAGCUCCAAAGCAACGACGAAGACACGCUGCGAAUUCCACAAAAACAACCAAAAGUUGACAAGUUGAGCGACCAAGUAAAAGUCCUCAGAAACUCAUCUAGGGACUCUGAAAACGCCGGUGAAGAUUUUCCUGAGCUCCAAAGCACCGAAGAAGACAAGAUGGGAAUUCCACAGAAAACACCGAAAGUUGCCAAGUUUGGCGACCAAGUAAAAGUCCUCAGGAACUCAUCUAGCGGCUCUCAAAACGGCCUUGAAGUUUUCUCUGAACUCCAGAGCACCGACGAAGACACGGUGGGAAUGCCACAGAAACCACCACAAGUUGCCAAGUUGAGUGACCAAGUAAAAGUCCUCAGAAACUCAUCUAGUGACUCUGAAAACGCCGGUGCAGUUGUUUCUGAGCUACAAAGCGACGACAAAGACACGCUUAGAAUUCCACAGAAACCACCAAAAGUUGCCAAGUUGGGCGACCAAGUAAAAGUCCUCCGAAACUCAUCUAGCGACUCUGAAAACACCGAUAAAUUUUUUUCUGAGCUCCAAAGCAACGACGAAGACACGCUGGAAAUUCCACAAAAACCACCAAAAGUUGCCAAGUUGGGCGACCAAGUAAAAGUCCUCAGAAACUCAUCUAGCGGCUCUCAAAACGGCCUUGAAGUUUUCUCUGAACUCCAAAGCACCGACGAAGACACGGUGGGAAUGCCACAGAAACCACCACAAGUUGCCAAGUUGAGUGACCAAGUAAAAGUCCUCAGAAACUCAUCUAGCGACUCUGAAAAUGCUGGUGAAGUUUUUCCUGAGCUCCAAAGCACUGAAGAAGCCACGCUGGGAAUUCUACAGAAUCCAACGAAACUUGCCAAGUUUGGCGGUCAAGUAAAACUCCUCAGAAACUCAUCUAGCGACUCUGAAAACGGUGGUGAAGAUUUCUCUGAACUCCACAGCAACGACGAAGACACGCUGGGAAUUCCACAGAAACCACCGAAAGUUGCCAAGUUGAGCGACCAAGUAAAAGUCCUCAGAAACUCAUCUAGCGACUCUGAAAACGCCGGUGAAGUUUUUCCUGAGCUCCAAAGCACCGAAGAAGCCACACUGGGAAUUCCACAGAAACCACCGAAAGUUGCCAAGUUUGUCGACCAAGUAAAAGUCCUCAGACACUCUUCUGGCGAUUUUGAAAACGCCAGUGAAGUUUUUCCUGAGCUCCAAAGCACCGAAGAAGACAAGUUGGGAAUUCCACAGAAAACACCGAAAGUUGCCAAGUUUGGCGACCAAGUAACAGUCCUCAGAAACUCAUCUAGCGACUCUGAAAACGGCGGUGAAGUUUUCUCUGAACUCCAAAUCACCGAAGAUGACACGGUGGAAAUUCCACAGAUACCACUGAAAGUUGCCAAGUUGGGUGACCAAGUAAAAGUCCUGAGAAAUUCAUCUAGUGACUCUGAAAACGCAGGUGCAGUUGUUUCUGAGCUCCAAAGCGACGACAAUGACACGCUGGAAAUUCCACAAAAACCACCAAAAGUUGCCAAGUUGGACGACCAAGUAAAAGUCCUCAGAAACUCAUCUAACGGCUCUCAAAACGGGCUUGAAGUUUUCUCUGAGCUCCAAAGCAACGACGAAGACACGCUGGGAAUUCCACAAAAACCACCAAAAGUUGCCAAGUUGGGCGACCAAGUAAAAGUCCUCAGAAACUCAUCUAGCUACUCUGAAAACACCGGUGAAGUUUUUUCUGAGCUCCAAAGCAACGACGAAGACAUGCUGGAAAUUCCACAAAAACCACCAAAAGUUGCCAAGUUGGGCGACCAAGUAAAAGUCCUCAGAAACUCAUCUAGCGGCUCUCAAAACGGCCUUGAAGUUUUCUCUGAACUCCAAAGCAACGACGAAGACACGCUGGGAAUUCCACAAAAACCACCACAAGUUGCCAAGUUGAGCGAUCAAGUAAAAGUCCUCAGAAACUCAUCUAGCGACUCUGAAAACGCCGGUGAAGUUUUUCCUGAGCUCCAAAGCACUGAAGAAGCAACGCUGGGAAUUCCGCAGAAACCACCGAAAGUUGCCAAGUUUGGCGAUCAAGUAAAACUCCUCAGAAACUCAUCUAGCGACUCUGAAAACGGCGGUGAAGUUUUCUCUGAACUCCACAGCAACGACGAAGACACGCUGGGAAUUCCACAGAAACCACCGAAAGUUUCCAAAUUGGGCGACCAAGCAAAAGUCCUCAGAAACUCUUCUAGCGAAUCUGAAAACGGCGGUGAAGUUUUUCCUGACCUCCAAAGCACUGAAGAAGUAACGCUGGGAAUUCCGCAGAAACCACCGAAAGUUGCCAAGUUUGGCGAUCAAGUAAAACUCCUCAGAAACUCAUCUAGCGACUCUGAAAACGGCGGUGAAGUUUUCUCUGAACUCCACAGCAACGACGAAGACACGCUGGGAAUUCCACAGAAACCACCGAAAGUUUCCAAAUUGGGCGACCAAGUAAAACUCCUCAGAAACUCUUCUGGCGACUUUGAAAACCCCGGUGAAGUUUUUUCUGAGCUCCAAAACAACGAGGAAGACACGCUGGGAAUUUCACAAAAACCACCAAAAGUUGCCAAGUUGAGCGACCAAGUAAAAGUCCUCAGAAACUCAUCUAGCGACUCUGAAAACGGCGGUGAAGUUUUUUCUGAGCUCCAAAGCAACGACGAAGGCACGAUGGGAAUUCCACAGGAACCACAAAAACUUUCAAAGGUUGGGGAUCAAGUGAAAGUCGUCAAAAACACAUCCAGCGCCUCAGAAAACACUGAAAAACCAUCUGAGCUCAGAAGCAACGACGAAGACAUUCUGGGAAUCCCACAGCAGCAACCACUAGUUACAAAAUUCGGCGACAAACUGAAGGUCCUCAGUACCACGUCUACCGGCUUGCAAAGUCCUCGGGCAUUUUUUUCCGAAUUUAGAUUUAACGAACUCACUACUGAAGAAUCAUUCACUACUGAAGAUUACCCUACAGAACCACUGGGUAGCAAAGAAGACUUUUUGCUGAUGAAACAGUCCGAGCCUGCUUUGCUGGUAGAAGGCGAUGCAAAUGACCGCCUUGGAAUGGGGCAUUCUUCUACCACUCAACCCUCUUUGAGGCAAGAAACAGAACUUUCUAGGAGCCAGAGCGAAAAUAUGCGUGCUGCUUCAAACUCGGAGGACUUUCGAUUGAAAACCAAGCAAGUGAGUGCGAUGGAGGAGAUGCAGGCCGUUCAACAGGCCUACACGAAUCCCUGCUUCUACCCCCCAUAUAUGGGAGUACUUCCGUCUUCCGGCCAAUCGGGAGCGCCCAUGGAUUCUGGGUACCUGAAAGUGGUACCAGGCGCCCAAGCCAGGUCACAGCCCAAUCCAAUGUACGUCAUAAAUCCGCCCAUGUUCUACAGUGUUCCUCCCAGUCAAUCAGGCUACUUUUUGUCAUCCAACUCCUAUAUUCCUCAGGGCCGUUUAGUGAUGACUCCUAGCCCCCCUAUACAGGUCUCCUCCUCUGCUGGACAGUAUUAUAUGUGCAACCCCAUCCCUACUCCCUCCAACAAUAUAGUGGGACUUUCUGGCACGGAGGUGAGGAGAGAGUCCGCCAACCUGCAGGAUCUGAUUGGGGAAAUUGAAGAUUCACUCUCACGCGGAAGCAACAUGUCCCGAGCUGCUGGGCAGCUGAUUUGCCCUCUGGGCGAACGGUCGUGCCUGGACAACAGCAAGUGCAUAAAAAACCACUACAUUUGUGACAACGAAGUGCAGUGUGGGGAUUCAACCGAUGAAAUCGCCUGCACUUGCAGGGAGAGAGUGGGCAGACUGAGGAUGUGCGAUGGCUACUGCGAUUGUCCGCAAUGUGAAGACGAAAGCGGCUGUUUUGGAUGCGCUGAAAACGAGUUCUCCUGCGACGAUUGGUCAAAGUACCGAAGAUCCAGCUGCAUCCCGCUGAGCCAGAGAUGCGACGGCAUCAAACAGUGCGAAAUCACCGGCAAAGACGAAAUGGACUGCUCCAUCUUGGCAGACCGUCUCGGCAACUUCCCCAUCAACAAAGUCUCCAACUCCGUGGGCUUUUUGCACCGCAACUUCAAAGGAAAAUGGUACCCAACGUGUUACGGCACUGAGCUCUGGGCUGCGGAGGUGUGCCAAGUGGAAGCCGGCCCCAGCGCUAUAGUGCCCAAGACCCACAUGACUUUCACCUCCCAGCCCUACAAUGGCCUGUUCAUCAACAUCCUGCCCAACAACGAGAUUCGCCUGGUCAACACGUGCGUCCAAGACCGGGCGGCCUUUGUGGAGUGUCCGCCCAUCUACUGCGGCCUUCGCUUCCAUGUGACCAACCCCUACCGCGACCAGGAGUUGGACACCAGCGUGGAGGACAUGCUGAACGACCUGCGCAAGGCCUACCAAAUGCGCGAGGACAUUCUAGGGCUGGCGGAAGAACAGGAGGAGAAGAUUCAAGAGGAUUCAUUGGGCGAAGUCAUCCAGAACUUGGAACGCACGCUCAAGCGCAGACAUGUGGAUAGUCGAGUGGUGGGCGGCAGGCCAAGUCAGCCUUCGGCCUGGCCUUGGCUGGUGUCCAUCUACAAAAAUGGGAUUUUUCAUUGCGCUGGCGUGCUCAUCAAUGAAAUGUGGGUUGUUACAGCCGCCCAUUGCGUCGUCAGAUACUGGCAGUACUAUUACGAAAUACAGGCAGGAACUCUUCGGCGCUUCUCCUACGCCCCUAUGGAUCAGCGCCGCUGGGCCAGAACAAUAAUUUCACAUCCCGAUUACGAUAAGGAGUUCUUGCGCAACGACAUCGCGCUGAUCAAGCUCUCAGCUCCCAUCAGAUACAACAGGCACGUGCGCCCAAUUUGCCUGCCUUCUCAGCGCACUGCUGGCAGCCAGUACCUGAAAGCGCCAGUUUCUGGCACCGUUUGCACCACUGUGGGAUGGGGAGCCACCAUCGAGCAUGGCACUGAUCCUGAUCAUAUGCGGGAAACCGACAUCCCCAUUCUGCACCACUGCAAGCACAAGGACGACAAUGAUGUGGACGAGAUUUGCGCAGGGUUAGCUGAAGGAGGAAAAGACGCAUGCCAGGGCGAUUCGGGCGGGCCGCUAAUGUGCAGAAACCCGGAGAACCCGGACCAAUGGUACCUGGGAGGAAUUGUCAGUCACGGACAGGGCUGCGCGCGCCCUCACGAGCCCGGAGUGUACACUAGAGUGAGCAAAUACCUGCCGUGGAUAGCAGAAAAUACCAAUGACGCGAAAAGAACGAUGUACAUGCCGUUGCAAAGCUGCCCCGGCUACGUCUGCAGCAGCAUCAGAAGAUGCAUAGCAAAAAAGCGAAGAUGCGAUGGAAUAGUCGACUGCCUUCUGGGCGACGAUGAGCUAAACUGUCCGAACCACUUCAAUGGCUUCUACAAGCAGGCAAAUAAUGGCGUUGCAAACCUUCAAGAUGAUCCUUCGAGUGAGGAUCUUUCCAGCUCAGAAGUAGUGGGUCAAGCCCUUAACGCCUCGAAUGCAAGGGCUCUUAAAGUCGAAAGCCUGAUGACGGGCUUUGAUGGUUGGAACUUCAGAUGCCAAGUGUUGCUCCAAGUGGUUCCUAUGGAGAAACGCUGCAAUCGACUAGUGGACUGCCAGGACGGUUCAGAUGAGGCGAACUGCACAUGUGCCCAUUAUGUACAAGCAAUUGAUCCGGCGGCAAUUUGCGAUGGGAUCAGCGACUGUGCGGAUCUGAGCGAUGAAACCGAUUGCGUCCAAUGUGAUCAAGCAGAGUUCGCCUGCAGAAUGUCCCGAACGUGUAUCGGCCAGGAGAAAAGAUGCGACGGCCAUGUGGACUGUCCACAUAAAGAAGAUGAAAUGGAUUGCGCCGCCCUCACCAACGGCCUCACCAUUGACCUGGAUAAAGACGGCCGUGCGAACCUCCAGACUAAGGGCCUAUUGACUCUCUACCAGAACGGCAGUUGGACGCCUUUUUGCCUCGGCAAAAACGAUUCACCGCCCGCAAUUGCGACCAGCCAAUGCAACCUGCUCGGGUUCCACGACUAUACCUCCUAUUCCCAACCCACUAUCCAGAGUCGCAAGUUGAUCGUCCUGGAUUUCACUCUGGAAACACCGAGAAAAGUCGAAAAUUGCUCAGGGCUCUAUGUCAACUGUGGAAACACUUCCAGCAGCAGCUCGUUGUACUACAGCAAUCUGGAACACGCCAGUGAGCUGUAUUUGUCGCCCUGGAUGGCGGUUAUUUACGUGGAAGGACGCUACCAGUGCAUGGGUACCUUGCUGGAUAAAUCCUGGAUUGUCACUACGCAAAAAUGCUUCAAAAGCUUUCACAGUUUCGAGCUCAGCUACGUGGUAGCUGUCUUGGGCAAGGGGAAGCUUCAUUUAACAGUUCCCGGGCCGCAUGAGCAAAUCGUGCGCAUCCAGAACAUUUCCAGCGUUCCUGGCACGGACAUUGUCCUGUUGCGCCUGGCAGACAAAGUCCGGUGGACUCGCUAUGUCCAAGCAGCUGAUUUGGACGCUUGGUGGGAUGGGGAAAAGCGCGAAAAAUGCUACGCAGUAGGCCGAACCAUGGACGAAAAUGUGCGCUUCCUGCCGCUGUUUCCGCGAGAGAACUGCACAGCUGGCUACAGGUGCUUUGAAAGGAAACUGGAGGAUGAUUGCCAGGACAACAACGCCUGGAUGGGAACCAUCAUAUGCGACUCCAGACUGGGAUGGUACCCGGCCGCAGUGUUUCACGAGCGACUCGGCCAUUGCGGGUUCUCUUUCACAAGGCAGUUCACUAGCAUUCGAUAUUACAGGCAUCAAAUCCGGCAGUUGAUGGAGAUGAAGAUUGGCGCUGGCGCUACCCCCAAAUGCGACGGCUUCAGGUGCCAGCUUGGCACCUGUUUGGCGCAGGGGCAGGUGUGCAACGGUGUCCAGGAGUGCUACGACGGAAGCGACGAGUCAGCCACUUUAUGCUACGAGAGUGAGAACAAGUGCUACCUGAACAAUCAGUGUGGAUGUUCGCAAACUGAAUUGAGGUGUCCAAACGGCAAGUGCGUGCCCAAAUCGUCAUUUUGCAACCAAAAGGACGACUGCGGAGACAAUGAGGAUGAGCCAGAUGUGUGCAGCUGCCGGAACUACCUGAAGCUGACCAAUCCGGAGAAGUUGUGCGACGGAACCAUCAACUGCGCAGACCGGAGCGACGAAGACCCGCAGAUUUGCGGCUGCCAGCCCGGAUAUUUCCAUUGUGGAAACACCGAAAAGUGCGUCCUUCAGGAAAUGAUCUGCGAUGAAAAAUCCGAUUGUACUGGCGGUGAAGAUGAAGCGAAUUGCUUCAGCUUUAAGAACGAUAAAAACAACAAGCCAAAUGCCGGUCAGGUUCUGAUGCGAGUGGCCGGACUUUGGACAGCUGGAUGCUUCAAGUCGAACAACACUCAGGAAGACCUGAACGAGGUCUGCUUCAAGCUGGGCUUCAAUGGUACCACAGCCUAUGAGUUCGAAUUAAUUCAGAACUCCACUCUGCACCCAGAUCGGCCAGUUCUGGAUAAAUUUGAUGUUGUCUGGCUGGAAAGGACGCCGGGCCACCAACAGAGGAUGCUGAUCCGCAGUGGGAACAAUCCAUAUGUGCGAUUGGUCCCGGACAGCAACUGCCAUCCACUUAACAUAGCAUGUGUUGAGUGAGGAAUAAAAUUUUUUGAUUUUU